GCCCCCUGCACGCUGAGCCUGUAGGUUAACUAGUUGAGCGCCUGGAUCCUCGCUCCUACCGGCCGAUGUUGCUCACGGGAAGAACCAUGGCUACUUUCCGCUUGGCCCUCAUCCAGCUUCAAGUUUCUUCCAUCAAAUCAGAUAACGUUAUUCGAGCUUGUAGCCUUAUCCGGGAGGCUGCAAAGGAAGGUGCCAGAGUAGUUGCUCUGCCGGAAUGCUUUAAUUCUCCUUAUGGCACAAAGUAUUUCCCUGAAUAUGCAGAGAAAAUUCCUGGUGAAACCACACAGAAGCUUUCUGAAGUAGCAAAGGAGUGCAGCAUAUAUCUCAUUGGAGGCUCCAUCCCUGAGGAGGAUGCUGGGAAAUUAUAUAACACCUGUGCUGUGUUUGGGCCUGAUGGAAGUUUACUAAUAAAGCACAGAAAGAUCCAUCUGUUUGACGUUGAUGUUCCUGGGAAAAUUACAUUUCAAGAAUCUAAAACAUUGAGUCCUGGUGAUAAUUUUUCCACAUUUGAUACUCCUUACUGCAGAGUAGGCCUGGGGAUCUGCUACGACAUACGCUUUGCAGAACUUGCACAAAUCUACGCACAGAGAGGCUGUCAACUACUGGUGUAUCCUGGUGCUUUCAAUCUGACCACUGGACCAGCGCACUGGGAGUUGCUUCAGCGAGGCCGGGCUGUUGAUAAUCAGGUAUAUGUGGCCACGGCCUCUCCUGCCCGGGAUGAAAACGCCUCCUAUGUGGCAUGGGGACACAGCACUGUUGUGAAUCCUUGGGGGGAGGUCCUAGCCAAAGCUGGCACCAAGGAAAUGAUCCUAUACUCAGACAUAGACCUGAAGAGGUUGGCUGAAGUACGCCAGCAAAUCCCUGUUUUAAAACAGAAGCGAUUAGACCUCUAUGCUGUGGAGACAAAAGAGCCCUGAAGUUUGUUUCCAACAUGUCACAAAAUGGAUGAUAUUCUCCAAGACAAUCAACUGUAUUAAAUUCUUUUGGGGGACAGUACUGGGAAUUGAACCCAGGGCCUUGUUAACUCUACCAUUGAUCUGUGUCACAAGCCCUCUAUUGAAUUAAAAAAGUUUCAGUCUUUCCUCCCUAGAGAGCUCUCCGUUGAGAUGAUAGAGUCUCCACAAGUUAACUUUCUUCACACCAUAUUAAAGUUAGAGAGGACACAGGCUAGUGUCUGAGCAGGAAGAGGAGCUGCCUCUGAAGCUUCAUCCAUAGUUGUGUUACCUCAGAGAAGUGCAUACAGAUGCACUAGGAUCUAGAUCCCAAUGAUUGAUUCAUUUAAUAUAAAUGUGUUUGUGAAAUGAAUUUGUAUCCCAUUUGCUGGAGUUGAAAUCCUUAUCUGAGAACCUUGGUCUGGUAUUGCUGCUUUCUGAGAAGUACUUUGAAGUUCUUGGUACUUGCACAGCUAUAGGAAUGAAAGUGAACGAUCCUUUGUGUUUGUCAGAGGAAUCCAAGGAGCUAAUGCAUUGGUACUAGACUUCUGGGCAUGGAGUGAUUGGGUCAACAGUGAGGCUCCAUGGGAGAGUGGCAGAUGUCGAGCUGAGUACCAGAAGAAUCUUUCUGCUUUUCUUUUUGCUUUUUCUCCGCUAGUAACAUUUUUCUAGCCUUAUUGGGAAAAAGCCACUUAGUCUGGUAGUUCUUAUAUCUUUUGGUCUUAAGGCUUCUUUUGCACAAUUAAAAAUAAAGAUUCUAACAGCAUU